AUGGCAGAGUUUGAGAGUGCAAUAAGGUUGAGUCACGGACACUGUAGAGACGACACUACUACGUUGACUAGGCAUAAACAUUUUUUCUCCGCUAUAAAAAACCAGGUUAAUCGAGUACAAUCUGCAUUAUGUGAAAACGGGGAGCAACCUCUGUGUUGGGUGGAUCUUAACAAAGAAGAGUGUGAUGAUCUUGCCAUGUUUCUGUCUGUAUCCUCUCAGACUUCUGAGAGUUUCAGCAGUGAAAGCAUCAACUUGAGUAGAUGUCACGAAAAGGGGAAGAAGAGAUUUGUGUCAGACAUAGAAGCUACUCCUAAAGAAAAAGGGUAUAAGCCUCUGUUUUGGAUUCAGAGAUGUCGUGAUUAUACCCUGUACUCCUUCGAGUUUAUUAAUCUUGAGAACCUAAACUCUGGUUUCAGAAAGUCUCAAGAACAAAUAUUCAGAAAAUCUAAAUUAUAG